GCCAAUGAACGGGCAAGGGGGCGCGAGUAAGGGGUGCGUGUGACGUCACAGCCUGGUGCCCCUGUCCGUGUUUGGCGGAGGAGAAGUUUGUGCGGACAGACACCACUGUGUCGUGUUACAGUGGGUAACUACUGGAGCUGAGGCGAAACAGAUCAUCUUUGUAUAUGAGUUUGUUUUUUAUUUUAUUUUUGAGGACUCGUUUUUCUAUACGUUAUUUAUUGUUCUUUUCUCUUGAUGAGUUAACUUAAUGUGUUUUAAAAACCUAGCGUAGACCCCCAUCAGGGAAUUCUGGAUUCGCGUCCCACUACCGUUAACGUGUACCGCUCGCCUUCUCUGACGUCAUACCUAUUUUGGCUGUUGGUACCCAGAGUUUCCCGCAGUCAUUAAACAAUAUGCUUCUAAUUCUUUGUGAAACAUCGCAUUCUCGACUGGGUUAUCCCGUAUGAACCGGGUCAAGGUAGCGACGAGGAGUCGGGGGCGCCGCCAGCAGAGCCGGGCUUCAGGAUGAGGAUGCCCAGAGGAGGACGCUUGUUUCUGGCGACGUGCCUCGGCUCGCUCCUGGUUCUGGUGCUGUACUUCCAGAGCAUCACUAAGCCAGAGCCCGGUGUGAAGAACGGCAGCCGACCGGGGAAGAGCAGGAGAAGCCCACUGCAGGCUCUCUACAAUGGAGAGCAGCAGCUGGAGCUGUUGGCAGCUCAGAGGUCCCUCCAAGGCCGCAGGGAGCUGUUGGAGCAAGCGUGUCUGAGCCACACGAGGAAGCGGCGGGUGCUCGCGCCCGAGGAUCUCAAACACCUCAUUGUGGAUGACAAACACAGCCUCAUUUACUGCUACGUACCCAAGGUAGCCUGCACAAACUGGAAGCGUGUCCUGAUGGUUCUCACCAGCGACGGCCGCUACACCGACCCACUGGCCAUUCCUGCCAACGAGGCACACAUCGUGGGAAACCUGCGCACGCUUUCAGAGUUUUCAGUCCCGGAGAUCAACCAGCGCCUUCGCAGCUACCUCAAGUUCAUCUUUGUUCGGGAGCCCUUUGAGCGCCUGGUGUCCGCCUACAGGAACAAGUUCACACGUCACUACAACACCGCUUUCCACAAGCGCUACGGAACCAAGAUCAUCCGCCGCCACCGGCUGAAUCCGGAGCCUGAAGCCCUCCAGCGAGGCCACAACGUUUCCUUCCACGAGUUCGUCCAGUAUCUGGUGGAUCCUCGGACCCAGAGGGAGGAGCCUCUGAAUGAGCACUGGGAGCGGGUGCACUCCCUCUGCCACCCCUGUCUCAUCCACUACGAUGUAGUGGGCAAGUACGAGACCCUGGAGCAGGACGCCCAGGCCGUGCUCAAACUAGCCGGAGUGGAGGGAACGCUGAAAUUCCCGACGUCUGGGAAAAGCACCAGGACUGACGGGGACAUGUCUGCACGUUUUUUCAAACAAAUCAGUCCUCUGUACCAGAAGAAACUGUUCAACAUGUACCGCAUGGACUUCCUGCUCUUCAACUACUCCACGCCUGAGUACCUCAGGACGCAGUGAGAGGGUCAAAGACACAGGCUUCACGGCCCAUGAGGACAUUUUGCACUUUGUGAUCCAUCACAGAAUUGUCACUACUACCCCUCCAAUCCCCUGCCCCCAAAAAUACCCCCUCACCUGUGGAGAAUGUGAUUUGAUUCUCUGGUGUUAGUGAAUGACAGAAAUGUUUUUACGAGGAAGGAAAACAAAAAAACAAACAGUCACAAUCUGUGCUGAAAUCAACCAACAAAGCUUUAACUAGUGCUUCGUUCUGCUAACAGCCUGUUUCCAAAAAUCAGCAUCUACAUGAACUCAUCACACACAUUUGUGUUUUCUGUCAGAACUAGAGCUUCAGUUAGAAUUCUGUAUUUAUUUUUCCAUCCACCUGUUUGCCAUUUCUUGCAUAGGACUUACAUUGUCACGUUCAUCUAACCUUCCUUUGACUCGUAGAUUUUUUUGAAUUUUUUUUUUUUCACGUGUCACAUGUGGCUGUGGAGCUGGUGUUGGUUUAACGUGCCUUACCUUUGCUGUGGCCCGCACCACAGUUUUAAAAAGAAAAAACAUAAUUUCCUUUGGUUUGUUGUUUUUGUGCCUGAGUCAGAGCCCAGAGGAGCAGGCUCUCCUCUCUGUCUCACUCUCUUCUGCUCACAGGUGAAUGUGUUGACUGUGAACCAAAAUGCAGCAUAUCAUCAUCAUCACCACCAUCAUCAUCAUCAUCUCCAUCACCUAACGACAGCACAAUGUUUCUGUGAGGCCUUAAUUUAUGUGUGUCAGAGCAUGAAGUAUUUAUUGUUUGAAACGUGUGGAGUCGGAGCUCCUGUAUUGUGAAAGAAUGAAUUUGAAAACGAGGGAAGUUUUGUUUUUUUUAGUAAAAUUCACUUGCAUGGAAAAU